AUGAGAUUCAAUCCGACUGAAGAAAUCGAAGAAUUUCUUGGGAAUCCUAAACAAUCGGUUCAUUCUUUUUUCUCUGAUACAUGGUCAGAACUUCAUAUGGGUUCGAAUCCUACUGAGAGGUCCACUAGAGAUCAGAAAUUGUGGAAGAAAGAACAAGAUCUUUCUUUUGUCCCUUCGAGACGAUCGAAAAAUAAAGAAUUGGUUAAUAUAUUCAAAACCUCUGUCGCCGGCGACAUCUCGUCGGUCCCCGCCGACGGAGUCCCCAACCCGUCUGAUAUGUUAGUUAUCCCACAUCAGAUAAGAUAA